AUGAGGGGAAUAGUCCUAGCCCUCCUGUUCGCCCUUGUGGGUAAGUCGGCAAUUGCUUUUACUAUUAUCCUUUUGCAGAACUCUGUAGAGUUUAGCAAAAAAAGAAGAAGGUUAUUUUCUGCUGUCAGUACUCACAUUGUGACUUAUUCAAUUUCUCUCUUCUAGCGUGCCAGAAGAUUCCAUUCAGUAAGUUCAUCAGUAAUCUAACCUUAUUUUAAAAUCAUCGUAGUACCUUUGUUGAAGUUGCAUGAUAGUCAACCACUUAGGGUAGGGUGGGAAGAGAUUAGUUGAGUUUGUGUAGUGUAGUGUCUGAACUGCAAAAUCUGGAAGUUCCUUGUUUAAGUAUUGUUAAGUGACCCAAAAUGCUUAAAUCUUUCUGAGCCUCAGCCCUGAAAUAUGGGGAACAAUAAUUAUGGCCUACCUUGAAGGCUUGUUGUCAGAAUUACAAAAUUAAAUUACGAGAAGAGCUUGAAAAUUAUAGAGGGCUGUCUAAAUUCUAAGCUUUAUUAAUUCAUUCAUUAAUGAUUUUUAAAUGCACUUACAUCUCACCCAAAGCUCAAUAUGAGUACGUUUUAAAGAUACUGAAGGAAGUAUGAAGUAAUUUACAAAUUAAUAAGCAGAAGCAACAACUCACUGUUCAAAGGAAAUUUCGUUUCCUAUUGCAGUGUUAUACUAAAGCCCAAAGAGGCUGACAAAUACAUAAAUCACAGCUCUGCUAAUUAAAACUUCUCUCCGUAUUAAUCAAGUGAAGUUUUAGUGUGAUCAUCACUGAGUAAUUAAUCUGAUUGUUGCAUGCAGUUUUAGUGGCAAUACAUUUAUGAAACACAAUGGGUGUAAAUGAACCUUUGUGGAUAUAUCUUUGUGGGUAUAGAUUUGAGCAGCAGAAAGCUUUUCCAGUAAUGAAUCCAUUUUCCAGCAUACACUUUAGCUAAGCCACUCUAAUAGCAAACUCAGAUGGUAGGUGCCAAAAGAAAUGGAGCUGAAAAAGGGCAAUGCUCAGGGAAAGAGUGUUAUCAGCAUGCUCAGGAAAACCCAGAGGUAUUUUAAAGUGUGUUUUAAAGUGGGGGGUAGGGAGGAAGAAAUCUCCAAACUGCAUGCUCAGAUGCCAGAGAAUAUUAAGUGUCGGUUGGAAAAUAAACCUGGAAUACCAGGAGGGAGGGGAUAUGGACUGCAGCAACCUGAAAAAGUGCAUAGCUGGCUGGCUGGAAUCCUGAACAGGAGUUCAGGAGUUCUGAUAAAAAACUGCAUAGAUAGAUAGAUAGAUAGAUAGAUAGAUAGAUAGAUAGAUGAUAGAUAGAUAGACAGAAAGAUAGACAGAAAGAUAGAUGGAUUAAAAUGUUGUACUUUACUGAAACUGAAUGCUGGAAGAUUCAAGACAGAGUAGAAGAAAGUAAUUAUUCACACAGCACAUAGUUAACCUCUGGAACUCACUCCCACUGGAGGUGACGAUGGCUUUAAAACAGGAUUUAAAACUUUCAUGGAAGAGAGGGUUAUUGGCAACUGCUAGCCAUAAUGGCUAUGCUCUGCCCCCACGAUUUGCAGUUGUAUGCUUCUGAAUACCAGUUGCUGGAAAUCACAGGAGACGAGAGUGCUGCUCUUCUGCUUGGGUUUUGCUUGCAAGUUUCCCACAGGCAUUUGGUUGGCUACUGUGAGAACAGGAUGCUGGAGUAGAUGGGACAAUGCCCUAAUCCAGCAGACUCUUCUUGUGCUUGUAUGUUUGUGCAAUUAUACUCACAUUAACCUAUCUGAUUUCUUUCCCUCAGAGGGCCAGACGCAAGAACCUGGUAAGUCUGAGAGGAAUUUAAAUCAACUGAAAAUCUCCAGUUUAAUUCCCACCCGGGUGUGUCUCCAUCUGGAAUAUAGGGACAAUUGUGCAGCCCAGCCUUAGAUAGUUGUUGUAAGGAUUGCAGGAAGAUCAUUUAUGUGAACUGCUUUGAACACUAUAAAGUGCUCCGCACUAUUGAUUCACAAUACUAAAUGUUUUUAAUUCAUGAAUUUCUUUAACUGAUAAUCAAUUACUGCAGCCAGUGUGGUGACAGAAUAGGAACCAAAAUGGGGCAACAGAGAAACAAGAGGGUGGUAUUAAGUGUGUUUGGUGAACCCCUGAGGUUCCCAGAAGUACAAAUUCUUUAAAACAAACAAACAAACAAAAACACAUGCCUUAAAGCAGCCCCAUGAGGCUUGGAAUAGCUAUGGAAUGUUGGCUGCCAUUUGAGGUGGUGGUGGGGAAACUACAUAGGGAAUGGAAUGGAGUGAGGCAAAAAAGGGCAUGGCUGGCUGACAAGAAUCUUAGACAGGAACACUUCUAUUAGAACAUGAGGAUACACCAAAACAUUUUGUUUUAGGACCCACUUGUAUAUUUCACAGUGAAGUGGUUAUGGUCUACUGUUAUACACAAUUUGUAACCUAUCCAAUUUCUUUUCCCAGGGCCUGAGACUGCCGAAAUCAGUAAGUCUAUCUAUAACAUGUCAUAACACUGAUUAACAUGACUUUUAGGGCAGUUGACUACCCGAGGGAGGAAUUAGUUGAGCUGGUAUAUUGCCAACAGUUUCAGUCCUAUAGGUGGGGAAACUGUGGCCCUACAGAUCUUCUUAGACCACAGGCUCAUUAUCUUGCCCACUGACCAUUGAUGUGUAUUGAAGCCCAGCAUCACCCCUGCUAUUAUACACAGCUACCAAUGGAAAUAAGCUCCAUUGCACUCAAGAGAAUUUACGUAUUUCUGAGUAGAUAGCCAUAGGAUUGCACUGUGCAGCUGAGCUACAAAUUUGAAAAUUCCCAGUGUAUAUCCUUAGGCGCACCACCCUAUUUGCUCCUCAGCCAUGAAUCUAUCUGCAAUAUGGGGAUAAUAAUACUGACCAAAUCAGUAUUACAAAAUAAACGACCUAAAGCGCUUUGAACGCUCAAGUCCUAUCUAAACGUUGAACACUUUAGAUUAAUCAUUUAAUGACAUUUAAAUGCAUCCACAUCUCACCCAAAGCUCAGGAUUGGAGACAUUUUCAAGAUGCUGAAGGAAGUAUAAAGCAACAGUAGUAAGCGAAAGCAGCACUCAUGCUUAAACGAAAUGUUUUCUUGCUUUGUUUCCUAUUGCAGGGCAAAAUUUUAAAUUGUAGCCCUGAGAGCGAAACAUCACCCUGCAAUUAAUCCAUUAAAGUGUUAAAUUAAUCACAACAUAGAUUAAGCUGAUUAAAUCUUGACACCCUACUGGGUGUGCAUAUAUGGAAUACAGCAGGUGUAAAUUGUCCUCUCUCUUAUUUUUUGUAGAGCCGCGCUUUGAACAUGGGAAACGCUACCACUACAAGUAUGUCGCCGACGUUGUCACCACAGUGCAAGGAUAUGAGAUGGGAAGAUCUGUUGUGAGACUGACUGGAGGGCUAGAUAUCUAUGGAGGCGAACAGGAGAAUAUUCUCAAGGUAAGCAUCAUCAUUAUGCAGUCCCUUUAAAUAGCCAUCAGACUACAGAGCAUCCCUUCUAGAAUUCUGGAUGCAUUGCAAGCAAGGAGGUGCCAUCUAGCUUUCACUGUAAACUCCAGUGCUCUCCACCCAUCAUGCAAUCCUAAAAUCAAAUGUGUAUCCAAAAUAGAAUCGGUGGGAGGGGAGAGGGUAGGUGAUGUUCUUGAUGAACCUUAAAGUAAAUGUAUGCUGAACUUUAAAUUAACCUUAAGUUAAAGAUUAAACAUGAAAAAGUGAAGCAGCUGUUUACCAACAACAACAUUUUAAUUUUUUUUCAAACUUGGAUUUCCUCAAAUUUCUAUUGUGGUGGCCCAGAGAAGGCAGCGAUCAGAGGAAUAAGGAGAGGUGAAAUGAAGACAACUAGACCAGCCCUAGUAUUGGGCAGAAGAGAGAGAGGCAGCUGCUUUGGGUUGUCAUGAAAGGGCAGCAAAUCAUAUUGACUAAAGGUUCACAUGGGACUAAAAUCACCCAUGGAUUGUAAAGGGGAAAGCUAAGUUGGCUUUCAUUUCACUCUUUGACAACACAACUGUUUAAAAAAAAUAGUUGCGAACUUUUCACAGAACAUUGUUUCUGGGGCUGUAGUUCAUAAAAGAGUUCCUAUGCACAUGUUUGCUUUAUCUCUACUACAUUAUAUAACAGUACACUGGGGAGCCAGUUUAAUUACAAGGAAAGAAGGGGGAAUUAAGUUAGCUCUUUAUUUAGAUCACCACACCAACAUGGUGCAGUAGCUCAAGUGUUAGACUAGGAGUUAGGGGACCGGAGUUCAAAUCCCCACUUAGCUGUGAUGCUCACGGGGUGAACUCAGAUCAGCCACAGUCCCUUAGCCUAAUCUACCUCACAGGGUUGUUGUAAGGAGAACAACCAUGUAGACCACCUUGAGCUACUCUGAGGAAAAGUGGGGUAAAAAUGCAAUAAUAGUAAGAACAAUACGUUUAUCGCUUGAAUAUAUUGAAGAUAUUAUAUGCAAAAGUAUAUCUAAUGCAAAAAAAGAAAGACAGUAUAAUCAUUUUUAGGGCAUCCUGUUUGUAUUUAAAACACGUUAUUUGGUAUAACAUGAAAGGGCACGAUGCAGCCGAAACUAAUAAUUGUUGCCCUGCAAUCUGCACACACUUCAGUAGAGCUUACUUCUGAGUAGACGUGUAUUAGAUGGCACUCUUUAUCUCUCCCGCUGAAGUCAGUUGGAUUUACAGGUGCUUCGCUUCAGUUAGAUUAAGACACUGUUCUUCGUUUCAGAAUCAAAAUGAAAAGCAAUUUGUUUACUCUCUCAUCUUUUUCCUCAGAUUGCAUCUCUGAAAGUUGAAGAUGCUGUCGGAAUCUUUCCGGGAGAGCCUCCAUUUGCAGCACCCUCCAGGCAACCUGAAUCACUUAUUGCUUGCACCAAAUAUUCUUUCCUGUUUGGCUACGUCAAUGGCAAGGUUCAGAACAUCCGUGUGCCAAGAGACCCACCUCUGCCUUGUGUGAAUCUUGUCAGAGGCUUCCUGAACGGAUUUUCCAUGUCAAUUAAAAACCAGAAAGAGUAUGAGCUACAAGAGGUUCGUUUCCUCCAUGUACAUUUAAUAUGCAUUUGGACUCGUCUUUUCGAGCAGCUUUAGUUUACCUCAGUACUGAACUAUCUCACUUUUUUUACUUUCCCCACUGUUUUCUGUUCCCCUGAAUGACUCCUGUGGUUUUCUGCUUUUCUGUCUGGCCCUACCAUUUGGUAGAGUGAGGCAGCUGCCUCAGGCAACAGUUGCUGCAGUAGCAAGGCCUUGGAGGGUGGAGCUAUGUGGAUCACAUGGCCUGCCCUCUGCCCCUUAUGUUAGCCUGCAGGCCUCAGGUGGACACUCGUCCUCCUGUCACCAGUGCUGAAACAAGCCAACCUGAUCAGCACCUAUAUGUUGUAGGAGGAGGGAGGCAACAUUUUGUUCACCUCAGGAAGCAAAAUGUGUGAUGCCACCCCUUUCCCAUCUCACUCCAAGCCACCAAAUUUCCCAUUUCCACCUAGAUAAUAUUCAGUUAGAUAGUUUCUCAUUGAGUAAUUGAAUUUGCAAUUGAGGUUUCCUGGACAAUGCUAUUUUUCUAGAAAAAGAAGUGCCAGAACUCAUCACGAACACCUCCCUUGUUCUCUUGUAAUGGCAAUGGCGCCCACCUGAGAGGUGCCAGAACUGAGUUUCAGGGAUUUCAGAUGGUAGGGUUUGACUCCCACAGUUUGGGUUUCCCUCACCAUGAAAUCCACAGGCCUAUGUCAGUGUUUGGGGCUUACUCAAAUAACUGCAAGGCCUAUUUCUAUCUGGCUGUCUAAAACAUCAAUAAAUAAAUAAAUAACAUGUGGUGUUUUAAAACAGAAUAAAUGAGAUAAGUCAUGCAGUUAGGUAAUCUUAUGCUCUGGAGACUUAAUAGUCUAACCAGGGUGGGGGUCUACUUAGACAGUAAAGUGUAUUAAAGUGUAUUGAUUCACUUAUUUCAUAAUGUGGUAAGCCAGCCUUCCUGAUCAUUCCAUUGAGUGGGGCCUUGGAUCUCUGCCCUCAAGUCCAGCCCCUUAUGAAGCAACUAAAUGAAUGCUGUCAUGGAUGUGCAUCUUGCCAUUCAUGGCUCAUUAUCUGUCAUGGAUGCUUUAGCUGAGAUUCCUGUAUUGCAGGAAUUUGGACCAAAGGACCCUUGUGGUCCCUUCAAAUUCUACAAUUCUAUGAUUCUACAAAACACUCAGCUGUGGAAAUUGUACAUGCCUAACAUUAGUUCCAGUGUCCUGGGAUACACCCCACAAAUUCCUUUGCAUGCCUUCUUCCUCUCAUUUAAAAAAUAAAACCACCCCCCCCCCCCCCGGAGUUUAUCAUGUGCCUUUCUACAGAGUGACUAAAUCUAUACUUGCAGGAUGGAAUUGGAGGUGAGUGCCACACAAGAUACGUCAUCCGAGAUGACAGGAGGAGCAGCACAGUCCUCGUUUCUAGGACCAAAGACUCAAACAACUGCAGGAACAAAAUGGAGCGCAGCAUUGGAACGUUCUUCAUCCACCGUAACCCCAACUGCCUGCUGGUAAGAAUGUUGGAACGUGAUUUGCUUACAAGCGAGGGUAACGUCCGCCUGAAAGCCAUGCUAACUAGAGGCGCUUCCUUCUGUUCUAUAGCAAAACAGGAUGAUUCAAGGGACUGAAGCUUUCACCUUCAAACUGAAAUAUAAUCCCUCUGGAGCUGACGCUCAGAUCUUGCAAGUCGAUGCCGAACAAGUCUACCAGCUUUCUCCAUUCAGUGGAGCUGAGGGUGCCGGAGUUAUGAAAGCUACGUAAGUAACCAUAGCUUAAAUAAUAACUUUUAAAAGAGUCUGCAAGUGAGCCAUGGUUCCAGCUAGGCUAUGCAAGAGUUGGUCUUAGUAGCAACUGGGUUGCUACUAAAAGCAUUUGCAGCAUUGCAAAAUAAAAAUAAAAUAAAGAAAAUCCUCCCAAAUAAUAGCUGCUGUUAUCUGUCUGUAGGUAAAGGCUGUUCAUGUCCACUUAACUGCUUUACACCAAUGAAAUAUUAGUUUUAAAGUCCUGGGCCUGGAGACAAUGGGCAGAAUUAACCCAAUAGCAUAAGCUGUGUGUAAGGAGUUCUGAUAGCAUAAGCUGUGUGUAAGGACUUUCACCUAGGCAAUGGGUUUUUCCCCACCUCUGUUCCUCACCCCAUGCCCUUCCCAUGCUCUCCUGUAUCAGGGUAUCCCCAGAACAUUGAGCAGGAGAGGAGAGGGAGAGAUAAUUCCAUCUGGCAAGCUGAUGAAAUUAUGAAGCUGAUGAAACGUUUAACAUAGAACAACACGUUUUCUGCCAUUCAUUUGGAGGAAAGAGACAAAUUAAGGCUGUUGAGUAUUUUGCAAACUACAAAUGGCAAAGGGAAAAACAAAAACAAAGGUUUUGUGUGCAAAAUCAAAUGCUUGCCGUUACAUGGGGACAGGUGUCAUUCGUGUGGUCUACGUUCUCUUGAUUUCAGUAUCCCCACAGACUUUAAUAAAUCAGACUUCCAUUCAGGAGUAAAUGAGGCAUUGCACAGAGUGUAAAUUAACAACAGAAGUUUGUUGUAUGAGCACAUGGAAUGGAAGUCAGGCCUGCAAGCAGAAACAAUCCAAUCAAAUAUUUCCCCAUCAUCCACUAGAGAUACAAUUCUGACUCAGUCUUGGCUACAUUUCCAUCAGCUUCCCCAUAUCUCCCAGUUGCCCUCCUCCUAAUUUUCCCUGGGCCGAUCUAGAAACUGCCUGGAUGAGCAACAGCACAAAUCACUGAAUGGUACUUGUGGUUUUCUCUUCCCUUCCAGGCAAAGGCUCACACUGACUGAGGUGACAAAUGAACAUGCCCAACUGCCACAGGUUCAGCUUCGGAAUGUAAACAUUCAUUACGAGUUCCCAGAGGUUCUUCCCCAAAUGCUUGUCAGAACCGGAGACAUUAAGCAACAGGUAGGGAAUGUGUUGGCAUAUGGAAUAGUUCUAUGGUUCAUAAAGCUGAUAAGAGAACAGUGUGCUUUUCUCCAUCACAGUGAAUAUAUUCUAGUUACUGUUUCCUUCUUGUUACAGACUGAAGAGCUAUUGGUUGAGCUUGACCGCUUCCCACAAGACAUCCGUGGAGACAAUGCCCACAAGUACCUACAGCUUAGCCAGCUGCUUCGUUAUUUGAAUCUGGAAAAUUUGCACCUUCUCUACAAUAAGUUUUCGAACAAACCUAACGCCAGGUACGUUGGCUGACUAGCACAUAAGACACAGCAGCAUCAUAGGCUGCAAACACACUAGCACCAAAACGUAGGUUCCCCCCCUCCCCUAUCCUGAAUCGUUCAUGCUCAUCAUCAGCAUGCUUCUUUCAAUCUAGAUUGAUUCUAGAUCCUGUUGUCCACAAGGGUGGAAGGACUCUGAACCAGUCAGUGUUUGCUGUGUAGUGAAGAAUGAAGAAUGAAAUUUUCAGAAUGUUCUUUUUCUGCUCACUGCAGGAAUGCCUUCCUGAUUGGAGUCGCCUCUGUUGGCACUAUAGAAUCACUGACAUUCCUCAAAGAAAAAGUUGUCAAAGAUGAACUGCACGAUUUGGAAUUGUACUGGACAAUUUCCCUAGCCUUACACUCUGUCAAGCCUAACGUAGAUAAAGCUGAAGAAAUUGCUGACGUGCUAAUCGUAAGUACAUGUAAAAUUAUAAUUGAGUGUAUCAGAAUGAACAAUGUGUUACAUAGGAAAUCACAUUAGCUAUAAAAUCUACAGGAGAAAAAAUUAUCACAAAGUAACAAGAAGCUUCCUUCAAAUUCUGGUUCAUUGGAAAUCUUUCUUUCACCCACAGAAAAUGCUACCCAAAAUAAAGAAUACCGGAUCAGUUUGGCUUGUGAAGAUUUUCUACCUGGGAUAUGGUACCACCGUCUACAAACAAUGUGUUCAUUCUCGCUCCUGCCCCAGCAAAUUGCUUGAGGUAUAUGGUCCUUAUUCCAAGUUAUCCCCCCCCCCAAUAAAAAGAAGAAUGCCUUUCCCAGAGAGAAGGGAGAAUUACACACCUUAAACUAUUAAUUUUGAAAUCCCACCAUAGCCAAAACGUACCUGCUCCGCACAGGGACUUGUUUAGCUUCCCACACAAAGAUGUAUAGUUUUCCUUGAGUGAAUUUCGCCCUGUGCCUUUCAAGAAGGCCAGUUGUGUGCUUGUGAAACAUUUGGGAUCUUGGGUUAGCUUGUCAACAAAGAGUUCUUGCCUUUUUGGGGAGUUUUCUUUGUGUGAAUGGACUAUUGGGCCCCUAAAGUCUUUUCAUUGCCAUCAGUGCCACGUUCCUGUACUUUUGCAAUCAGCACUUAACAUAUUCUGAAACCAUAGAGACACUUAUAGGCGGUUCCAGUAAUCUAUGGUCCCUCUCAAUCUCACUCUUCAUCUGUUCCUCACUGAGCGAGGAUAGUGACAUGUACAACAUUGAUGGGGUUCUGAAUGGAAUUAAAAAGUGUUCAUCUCAUUUGUCUGCAGCCUCUGCACGACUUCCUAACUGAUGCAACCAGGGAACACAAUGAAAACAAAAUUACUCUGGCUCUGAAAGCCAUCGGCAAUGCAGCUCAGCCAGCCAGCCUGAAGCUAGUGAGAACCGUGAUUGAUUCUAAAAGAUAUUCAGAAUACAUUCAAGCAGCUGCUGUUCAGACUAUGGCGCGAAUUGGCAAACAGGAACCUACAAAGGUAAGAAGAGCAAAGGAAAGUCACCUCGAUAUAUUGAUUGCAAAGUAUUUGGCAUCAUGAAGCAGCUGAGAUUUACUGCUGUCAAUGGACUGCAAACUUACACAGUCACAUCUGAUAAAGAUCUUUUUAAAACAGCAGCAGCAGCAACUCCUUUCUCAAAGCUAUUUAAAACUCUCCCAUACAUUGUUUUCCUGUCUGUGAGUUGAUCCCCAAGAAAGAUCCAUUUAAAUCUGAGCAUUUGAUUCAUCCCUUCAAUGCGCUCAACUGCUGCCAGGUAAAUACUAUUAGUUGAUCCCCCACAUGGUGUGCUUCUCUUUCUGUAGGUGCAAGGCAUUCUCCUCCAGAUCUUUGCAGACCCUUCAUAUAAUGUGACCAUCCGAAUGAUGGCUUGCAUUGGCCUCUUCGAAACCAACCCUGCCAUCCCAACAGUGACAGCUAUUGCCAAUGUCUUGCUCAAAGAGAACAAUUUGCAAUUGGUCAAUUUUGCCUACUCUCACAUGAAAGCUUGGUCAAAUGUCAGGAUCCCUCUGUACUACAGCCUGUAAGUCGAUCUACAAUCAGAUCACCUUUCAUGCAAUAAAUCUGUUGCUGCUAUUCAUUAGAGUUGGUUCUGGUCCUACUGCUAAACUGGUAACAUUUCAGUGGGACUCAAGUUAGUAAGAUUUAUUGCAGCAGGUUUGCUCUAAGCAUAACUAAAUCUGGAUCCAGUUCACUGUAAUUGAGCUGUUUGUUCUGCCAAAUGGGAAGUGCUUUCAUUUUUAUAUGUGUUUUCGUAGUAUUUUAAUCAUCAAAUUCUCAUUGAAGACCACCUUGGGAUUUGUUGCGCAAAGAGCAGAACAUGAAUGCAUUAAGUAGACAAGCAAACAUGCAUGUAGAGACUUUUGCUAUUACCUGCUGCUAAUUUCAAACCUGUUUUAUUUAGGUCUUCUGCGUGCAGUAUGGCUCUUAAACUUCUGAACCCCAGACCCCUCCACCAGAGCAAGGUUUUAUUUGUCAGUGGCUUCAGCAGUAAGUAGCAGACAACUGUUCAUUUCCUGGCUUUUAUCCAAACGAGCCACCAUCUUUUGGAUAUCACAAUCCGCUCCUUAGCACUUUGGAACUGAAAGCAUCUAUUCCAAAGGGCUCAAUGAUUUUAAAGACCCUUUAACAUACUAUGUUGGACAUGGGCGUAGCAGGGGGUGGCAGAUCCCCCCCCCAAUCAAGCAAAUACAUAAAAAUACUUAACUAGAAGUAGAAGUAAACCGAAUAUUUGAAACUGAAAUUUCAAAUAUUCUGUUGUGUUGGCAGCAGUAACAUCCUGUUGAAUUUCACAAACGAAAAAACCAUGGAUGGUCACAAGUUUCUGCCAGGGAAAAUCUUUCCAAGCAGUAGUAGCCAAGGGAUCCCAUUUUGAUUCACAAGGAUUAAUAACACAGCAAUGGCUCAUUGUUGUCGCUUUUUCCACCGCAGGCAAACACAGAGCAGGAUUCCUUGUGAAAUGGUUUAUGAUUGAAAGCCCCCAAACAAUGCUCCCUUCGACUAUAAUCUGGAAAACAGAAGUAAACUUUGCAGGUUCAACUAUUCAGCCUCUAGAGGUUUGUGUUACAUUUUAUUCAGAUCAUUUCUAGGGGUUGGGAGAUAGGGAUGCUUGAGUGGUUUGUUUUGUUAUCAUUCCAUGUUGCUCCAUAGAUGCUGAACGUUAGCAAACUGCUCUCAAAACUUUCCCUCUGUUUUUUGUUUUUUUUAAAGGUUAGAGUGAGAACUCAGGGCCUCAAGGAACUUCUCUGGAGGAACACACAUCAAUUCGACAAAUACCCUGCAUAUCAGAAGAUAAAGGACACUGAAGCAAAAGUAUGCAUAUUUCCAGAUUCUCAAUGUAUUCGCCAUAGGGGAAUGAUGGAGGAGGUCCUUGUCAGGGUGGUUACACUAGUGAAACCCUGGAUUUGGUGCCACAUUUCUCCACUUCAAAUGGAGAUCCACAGUGUGGCAAAAGCUGCAGUGAAUAACCUGAUAACCCAUUCACAGCUAAAUAAAUUGAGCUGUUUCUGAGGGCAUUGUAAAAUCAAGGAAAGCUGUAAGCAUUUGCAACGGGAGUGUAUUGAGGGCUGCAGAAUUAAAUAGAAAAACCAUUUCUGUUGCUCUUUAUUUCCUUAAAUUUACUUGAAUAAACCCAGUAUUGAAUAACCCUCAUGGGCUUGAUUUUCAGCUGCCAGGAUUCAAGGAGUUCCCUCGUGAGAUUCCUGUGAUAUCUGCCUCUGUCAAAAUGUUUGGUCAAGAACUGAUCUUUAUAACCACUGAUGAAAUGCAGGCAUUUAUGAAGGUAUGGAAGUUUGUGUCCCCCCACCCUCAACAUAUUUAUCAGCUUUGUCUCCUUGUCUUUUAACCUAUUGCAUCUUUGCCCUAUAGGACAUGCAGCAGCAAAGACAAGAUCAGCUGCCCAUGCUGCAUAAGGUUAUCGAAGGCCUUAAAAACAUCAACCAACAUUUUAUGAAAGCUGUGAUGCUAGAUGUUCAGUACGUGGUUCCAACAGUUAUCGGUCUGCCAUUCCAAGCAAGAGCCAAUAGCAUCAUCAUGGCACACGGUUUAUUAAAGGGUAAGCUUGGAGAUAAUCAAAUUUCACAAUGGUUUGCUGGAAAUCACAUACGUUGGAGAAAAUCACAGAGCAUGACAGAUUUGAGACCCAGGUUUUAGGGAACAGGCUUAAUUACUUUGUUUCCCCCAGAAAAUAAUUGGAAGUGUCAUUUCAGAAGGGUUGUGGGAAUUGUGCCUCUGUGAGGGGCAAAUGGCAGUUCUUGGGAUCCUUUGGGGAAAACCAUGCCUGUUGAACUGGUAUAAACGUGCUUUAAAUCUAAGGUGUGUGGAUGUGAUCUACUGCAUUUCACACUAGUCUAAUUUCAAUGAAGUUACUUCCUAUUUACUAAGGUGUAAUGAGAGCACAACAAAGGUCUGUCUUUUGCUUCAUCGAAGCAUCAUCUGUCAUGCUCAUGACAACUUAGUUAAUAGCACCAGAGUACACUAACAUCCCUGCCUGAGUUGUAAGCAGAAGAGCACUCUGUUUUUCUCUACAAUGUUUCAUCAGUUAAUGGCCUAUUUCUUUGAUAUACCAAAUCAUUAGCAAAUAUCUUUAAAAGCCCUAUAUUUACUAAUGUAAAUGGUUCAGUAGUAAAUGGUUAAGAGAAACUUCAUAGAUGUUUGUCUAUGUUUUGAGCAUUUUUGUCUUCCUUUUGUCUCUCUAGCAAGGACAGAAUUAUCUCAUGGUGAUCUCAGAGAAGCCAAUAUCCACCUUCAAGUUGACAGCAAACUUGCGUAAGUAGAUGAACAUUAUUAGAUUGGAAAAAUAAGGAAAUGAGAGAAACGAAAUGCACAGAUUAUUCCAGCAUACUCAAAUGUUCUCAUUCUCAUUGCCUUUUAGCCUCCAGGGCUACGGAAUGAUUUUCUGGGGAGUGAACACAUACGACAUGCAACACGGUUUGGAAAUGAGAGCCCAGAUCCGUACACAAGGUGUAUUCAACAUGAAUGCCACAGUGGACAUCAGAAACAAGAACUUCAAAUUUGACAUCUCCCCACCCCGUGAUGAUCAGUUUGAGUUGGCAAUGGCAAGGUAGAGUGGCUAUUUUAUCAUUUUUCUUGUUAGCUACUGCCCAUAAAGGUUUUUCCUCAUAAGUAAGGAUACAUACAACUUGACCAUAGGGGAUUUUUAGGUAAGAGCCAGACGCAAAAUCAAGGCUUAUAUCAUUCUCUGUUAUUGGCUUCCCCAAAAUCCUGUUUUGCGAUAUAAUUCUCCAUUUUGAGGGAGGAUUAGUAUGACUAUAUGAAGUUGCCUAAAUUGAGUCAGGCCAUAAGCUUAACUUGCCCAGUGUCAUUUCCUAUGACUAGCAAUUCAAGGUUUCAGACAGAAAUGUGCCCCCGUCGUGCAGCCGAAACCAUCUUUUAACCAAGUCAAGAAUCCAAAAUUGAACGCCGGCAUCCUGUAUCUUCAGGGUCAGCCUCUUACUUCUCAGCUAGUCUCUCUCCUCUUGCUAUGUUCCUAGCACAAAUGAGUUCUUUUUUGAUAUGCCCGGCUUCAUAUUUGCAUGUUGAAAAGUUUUCAUUGCAUAUCCACACAGUCAUGAGGCACAUACUGUUGCAAGAUACAUACAUUCUGAGAAGAAGGCUUCAGUACUUCCCGAAAGACCUGAAAUAGAUAUUUUGGAUGGAGAUUUCGACUCAGAAAAAGGCAACAUUAAGGUAAAUUGUGUGUGUGUGUGUGUGUGCAGAUGUGUUCUGUGGUAAAUGCCAUUAUACCCUGUCCUUGUAUUUAGCUGAUUGUGGUUCAGAUAUGUCGUCUUUUUUUUCUUCUAUAACUCUCCUUUUAUUUAGUUAGUAUUGUUUAGAAAUCUGGGGAAAAUUGUCCUUGUGUAUUUAGCGAAAUUAGAUUCUUUCUUGAAAGUGCUUGGACACUGUGGAUAUUCACAGGUAAAAGUCAAAUGAUGGUGGUUCCAUGCUAAGUUUACAACUAAUACAGACAUGCCUUUUGCAAAAGUUAACGUGCCAUGGUAAAGAUGUAAAUUAUUAGCUAAAGGCUAAAGGUGUCACCUCAGCAGAGAAAUCUUGAGUCAUCGUAUGAGUUUUAACUCAUUAAUUAAUCAAUUUAAUUAUGGAUCAAAGCAAUAGUUCUGAAGAAGAAGAAAAGCUUUUCUUUCCCAUAAUUUAUAUCCACAGGAUAUUUUAUAAAAGGUACUACCCACACUCAUGAGAUGGGCUUAUAGGAAUAAUAAUAAUAAUAGUAAUAGUAAUAUAAUAAUAAUAAAAUGUUUCCAGAGCCCUCCUAGAACACACACACACACACACCCCUCAGAUUCCACAGGGUUGGGUUUUUUAAAAUUAUUAUUGUAUGGUGCCCAUUUCUGGUUUUGGCGUAUGUUACUGUGCUGGGAUAUAUUUCUAAAUACUGACAAGCCUCUGUUCAAUUCAGCAAUCAAGCGAUUCCUACAAAUAUAAGCCCACUUGCAUAUGGGUGCCUUGGUGCAUGACUCAGUUGUGUUUGAAGACCAUCAAGAAAACAAAAGACAUGCCCAAAGUGACUUCUUGGUUGCACUACCUGUGUGAAGAACAUCAAGUGGAGCUUCUCUAUGUACAAGGUAUUAUCAUAUGACCAAGACAUUCUGUUUGUAAGCACCCACAAGUUUGCCUUCCACUUCUAAGGUUUAUGCACGCUUUCUAAUCUAUACAGCUGUUCCUCUGGAGAAGAUUCAAGGCGAGUUCCAACUAGGCUCUGGAGCACUGAGGACGAAAAGGGAUGUAAGAGCUUCUGAAGCAGCAAAGGUAUGUAAAUGACACUUGAUCUUAAGUUGUCACUUCUACUGUCCAAACUAAAUAUUUCUGUGGAACAAUCUAUAGAGGGGGGCUAUGUUGGGACUGCGCCAUUUUAAAGGGUCGAAGCUGUCCACGUAAGAAUCAUGGGGUAUGAGGUGCUGGAGAUGAAAUGUAUUUCUGAACAAAUGAGCACCUCUGUUUUGCCCACCUCCUCUUGUCUGCAGCGACUAACAUAGCUAUGCAUGUGUUAUAACAAAUACAGCCAGUUGAACAGCUAUUAUUAUUUGCCCCUUGUUAAGGAAAGCAAGCGAAUGAUGUCAUGAUGUAUAUAUAUUUAACCGAGGUGUUUCUUUGCUUUCCUCUGAAUCACGCUGCAGCGUGGAGACAAAACGCAGAAGGAUGCAAGGGAUGCCAAAGGCCACGAUGAUGAGCAUUACACAAAAUCGGAUCGUUUCCCAUCUCCACCACCCGGUUCUACUAAAAAAUGGCCCAGCAAAAAGGGCAGCAGUAGCAGCAGCAGCAGCAGCAGUGACAGCAGCAGUGACAGCAGCAGCAGCAGUGAUAGCAGCAGCAGUGGCAGCAGCAGCAGCGACAGCAGUGACACCAGCAGCAGCGACAGCAGCAGCAGCAGCAGCGAUAGCAGCAACAGUGACAUCAAAAAUAAACAUCCCCGUAAAACCAAGUAUUCUCCGCAGAGAAAGUCCAGAGACAGUUCUUCCAGCAGCAGUGGCAGCAGUGACAGCAGUGACAGCAGCAGCAGCGACAGCAGCGACAGCAGUGACAGCAGCAGCAGUGACAGCAGUGACAGUAGCAGCAGCAGCAGCAGCAGCAGCAGCAGUGACAGCAGUGACAGCAGCAGCAGCAGCAGCAGUGAUAGCAGUGACAGCAGCAGCAGUGACAGCAGUGACAGCAGCAGUGACAGCAGUAGCAGCAGCAGCAGCGACAGCAGUGACAGCAGUGACAGCAGUGACAGCAGUGAUAGCAGUGACAGCAGUGACAGCAGCAGUAGCAGCAGCAGCAGUGACAGCAGUGACAGCAGUGACAGCAGUGACAGCAGCAGCGACAGCAGCGACAGCAGCAGCAGCAGCAGUGAAAGCUCUGACAUUUCCCAGGAAAAGGUAACUAUUUUGUCACUGCUCUCAGUCGAAUUCAUGAAUGUGGUUGGAAUACAGCCAUAGCCACCACAUUUGAAAGGAAAGAGAAAGCAAGCAGCACUGCUUCAUGGGCGCCAGCAUGUCUGGCUAGGGCAGGCAGCAACUGGCACACCAGACCAAGCAGUCACUGUUCUUACUCUGAGGCCGGGCCACAUGGGGAGAGGUCUCAUAUAGACUGUUCCCAAGUCACCCCCAAAUCCGCCAAAGUCUCCUGUGAUGUCAAAAAGAUUGAAAGGAGACUUUGGUGAAGCUUAAUGAUGCUUGAGGUGACUUUUCUGUGGUGGCAACAGGGGUGAAGGUGCCGACAGGUUCUGCCUCAGGUGACAAAACAAGCUGGGCUGGCUGUUUCUAGCUAAUAUUCCUACAGAAAAGGCUUGGAUUUUGCUAAUUAUGUUAAUGUAUAUCCACUUUCUCUGACAAUAUUUCCGAGAGGUUGAUAUUCAGAAGCACCCACUAUUGAAUUUUUUUAAACCAACAUUGUUCAUGGGGUUAAAUCUUUCAUGUUAUCUUUUUAAAGUUUUGUUAUUCUGUGUUGGUGCCACUGAAAAAAGCAAUCCCUUUUCUUGAAAACUCUUAAACUUUCUUCUUUUCUCAGGGAAGGCAUUCUAAACUUCUUCAAUAUUCUUUCCUGUCAGUGAAACAGCAGGUAAGAUUUUUGGUUUUUUGUUUUUAGUUAUGGGGUGACUUAGAAGGCAGAUUGCACACACAGAGAGAAAGGGAAGUCAGAAAUGCACCAUUAGAGCAUUUGUACUAGCAGCAAUACAGUUUUUUAAAAAAUAUUGUUACAAAAGUUGGGUCCCAUCCCCACUUUCUGCUGAGCGGUAGCAAGAUUAUUGGUGUGUGUGUGUGUGUGUCCGGGCACUCACCCAGGGUCUGCUUUCCUAUGGAGAACUGAGACACGGCGGAGACUGUUGUAGCUUUAAGAAAUAUGGUUUAUUCACCUAUUUACAUCUCCUGUCUGCAUGGAGGGAGUAAAGAACUUAUAGCAUCGUCGUUUCAAGAGGGGCUUUGUCCCCCACAGCAGUGCAGCCCUGGAGCCCAAAGCAUCUCUCCCUGCCAGCCUUCAGCCAGCCUGCCCAACAGGGAUGCCAUGUCUUUUCUCUUCCUUCUUUUUCCCGGCAUACCUUGCUCAAGACUCUCUUUUCCUGUCACCUCAAACCCAUACCCCAUCACCAUGGCAACCCAAGCCCAGGCUCUCAGAUGGGCCAUCAACCCCCUUUGUCAUGUUAAUGCCUCUAUCCCAGGUGAGGCCCUGGCUUGGAAAGAAAUAUUAGCCUGUAGUUUUCCACUGACCUCAAAUCUUCCCUUCAAUACUCCAAAUAAUCAAAACCACAAUUUCUAGGGGGUUUUUUGGGGGGGGGUCACCCCCAUUCCAUAACACCACCCUUUCUAUUCCCAUUACACCAUUUCUCCCAAAUUGUCCGCGCCAUUUUCUUGCAAAGCCAGAUGACGAUAUUCUCAGCCCGCUGGACUGCUGAUUUCUCGUUAUCGUUAUGACUAGUAUUUUAAAAUUGCUCUGCAGUUGAAAUCCCGCCCUUUCCCUUGUGAGGUGAUGGUGUAAUCUUCUGGGUGAAGGAGUGCUUGGUGACUUUUUCAGCAUUACUGAUACUCAUCCCCCACCCUCACACUCCCACCGUCUUUGUUAAAAUGCAUAGGGUGGUAUAGUCCGAAACAAUUUCGUGAUGGAGACCAGGAGAUAACGAUUAUAUACUUUUACAGCGUUUAACACCCACAAGGAAACUGUAGAGGCUGGUCCAUUGUGGCGAAUGGAGCCCUGCCACACUGCCUCACUUGCAUCCAGUACAGGAGGAGGCCCUGACUGCCAACUUUAUCCUUCUUUGUUGCAAUGUCACCCUUUUAGAACACAGCAGGGAACAUGGGGGUGGGACUAGAAUGAGUUGGCUCUGCUUGUCACUGGCUCCGUCUCCACCUAUCAUUGGCCUCUCCACCUUUCCCUCUGCCAGUCGCUGCUGCAAAGAAAACUGCCUUCAUCACUGCUUAAUCUGGGACUAACUUUAAAUCUUGACGAUGCUUUUUCUUUUCAUUUUUUUAGCAAAUACAACAGCAAAGUAGCUCCUCCUCCAGCUCCAGCAGCUCCUCUAGCUCCAGCAAUGAAGAAUACACAAAAGGCUCUUCGGUCAGUAUCCCUUUGGAAAAUGGCAAGGCUGAUGGAAAUUUACAAGCUGGGCAUAGUUGGAAUAAAUUGGAAAAUAUAUUAAUCACUUAUAGCUUAUUUGGGUUUUUAUAUACUUAAUUAUCUUUUGAUGUAUUCAUUGCCUUUUGACUCAGUAGGGACAUCAAGGUAGUUCUUGGUAAAAUAUGGCUUAGAUUAAAAUUAAAAUACAAAAAAACCCCAGUAAUAAAUUAGUAUCUAGACUGAGUAGGCUAGAGCAGAACAGAUAUCUGUUAUGAUGAGGCUGCCUCAAUGAGUCAUUUCUGAAAGGGCCAAAGAAAUAACUUAAUCAUCCUUCUAAAGGUUUCAGAAGAGACUCAAUUGACUUUCCCCAACAUUUUAUUUAUUCGAUUUAUAUAUCGUCUUUUAUCAAAAGAUGGCAGGGCAUGGUACAACAUUAAGAACAUAUUUUACGGAGCACAAUAAUAAAAACUCAAUAAACAGCAUAAUAAUAAAAUAAUCAUAAUAACGCACACCCCUGCCCCAGCUUUAACAACCCGUAUAUUAUUUAAUGGCCAAAGGCCUGGGUAAAGAGGAAAGGCUAAGGGCAUGUAAUAAUGGUGCCAGGCGAGCCUCUUAGGGGAGUAUUCCACAAAUGGGGAGCCACUACAGAGAAGGCCCUCCCAGACCUUACGUGGAGGAGGUACACAUAGAAGGGCCUCAGAUGAUGAAUGCAGAGUCUGGGACAGUUUAUAUGGGGAGAGGCAGUCCUUGAGGUAUUGCGGUCCUGAGGUGUUUGAGGCUUUAUAGGUCAGAACCAGAAUUUUGAAUUGGGUCCAGAAUUGCUAAUUGGCAGCCAGUGCAGUUGGGCCACAAUCGGUGUAAUAAACCAUCUUGUCUCAGUGAGCAACCUGGCCACUGAAUUCAGCACCAGCUGAAGCUUCUGAACCAUCUUCAGAGGCAGCCCUGCGUUUAACACUUUGCAGUAAUCCGAUCUAGAGGUUAUGGAGCCACUGGCAUCUGUCGAGUAGAUGAUACUAAUAGGUCUGAGUAAUUUCUUUGACUAGACGAACAAUCUAAAUAAUUUUGUUUUCCUUCUUUUUUGGUCCCAGCAAAAAGUAGCAUCCUUUGCUGUCAAAUGCCUCACUCGCAAUAAGAGACAAUACGGAAUCGUCGGCGACGUUUAUCACGGCUCCUCCAUGCUGAAAGUGACUAUAAGAAACAUCACACGGCCAAGCAAGCCAGUUGUCUGCUUCCAAAGCAUAAUGGUCACCCCUCACAAGCUCAGGGUGAGUCUCUUCAAAGCGUGGCGACUCCUCACAGAGCAUUCAAUCUAAAUGCUAAUGCUGCUUUUUAACAAAAAUGUGCUGUACUCUGCCACUUAGACCACUCUAGAAGCAGGCUGGGAUUGCAAAGACUACCAGGUCGCUGCAGAAGUCGAGACGGGUUGGUUUGCUAAAAGGCCAGCAGUUCAGUUCAAGGCUAAACACAAAAGGCUUCCUGCAGUAGUGACGAGCUUUGUGGAACAGUGAGUAGAUGCACAUCUUCAAAUGAUUCACUUAUGACAUCCCUGCUAAGUGUAUUGCAGCCAAGCAGAUGGGUGUGUUUACUGUGGCCAAAAAGGAGAUGUCCAGUUUUAAUCUAAAUCCCAUCUCAGACAUGUUGCUGGAAGCUGCCCAAAGUGGCUGGGAAAACCCAGCCAGAUGGAUGGGGUAUAAAUAUUAUUAUACUUUUUUUUUUUUGAAGGCCUGGGACAUAGAAAGUGGGGUGUGAAUACCUGCUGAAGAGGAACAGCCUUCAAAAAGCUGUUAGCUUUUCUUCACAAACUGCCACUUUUGGGGCAGAAGCCUAAUCAGGCCUAUGGACAAUUGCUACUUAUCAUCCCUUUAUGUCUUUCUGGAGAUAAAAAAUGGGAGACAUUUAGCCCCAGCAAGUCUCCUAGUUGCUGUUGAUAUGAAGACAUUCCCUGGAAAGCUCAACCAAGUAGUUGCCAUAGUUUCCAUCUCAGGACAGGCAGCUAUCUCUGAGUACAUUGGAAAAGGGCAAACAAAGAGAAGGGGUGACAAAGACUCAGUCCCUCGCCUCUUUGGCCUGCCUUACACUUAUUUCGUUUAGUGUGGUGUGCAGCAAUCUGGGAUAAAACCAUCCUUGCCUAUCAAGUCAGUCACAAUCCAGAGCCUACAUUUCUGGAAGAUUUCUGUGGGAAAGUCCCCCCCCCCCACCGUUUGAAGAACAAAAACACAAUCCUCAGCACCAAAUGUAAAUCAGGCUUGUAAUUUCCAGGACCCCUGCCUGCCCACCCUGCUGCCUAAAUCAACGUCAAAUUUAUCAACAUGCCCUGAAGCCUGAAUUUGCCUUGUGGUGGGUCAUUUGUGAUGGUUUUAUGUUAGUCCUGAAGGCUUUUUGAAUGAGACUGCUAUAGUUGUAGUUGUUGUUGUUGUUUAGCUUCUUUUCACAUCUAAGACAGUCUUAUAUGGCCAAGAUUCAUCACCUCUCAGUUUUUUAUUCUUAAACAACACCUAAAUUUUAUGUCCACUACAUUCUUAUUUCUGCUUAUUUUGCCCGGCCAUUAUUACUGUUAAUUAUUUCUUCAUAUAUGUACCCCCAUGCAUAGAAUUACUGCUAAUCACACCUUUUAUGUUACUACAGCCAAUUAAGAAACAUUUUCUUUUUUUUUUAAAGAAUAACUACAGUGAUUCCUGGAGCUGCUUACAUGAUGGGCUACUCAUACAAAGUUCAAAGAAAUCCCUCUCAAGAGGUUGCACUGGUUAUAGCUCUAACUGAUCCUAGAAGCUACGCUGUGAUCAUGAGGACACCCACUGUGAGUUACAGAUGACAUUAUUUGAGAUAUGACAGGUGUGAAAGUAUUAUUUCAAAUGAAAUUCAGGGGUGUACAUGUCCACCAUUUUUAUGACCCUUUGUUUUUUUGGAUCUGGGACCAUGAUUAAGCGGGAUAGCUGGCGGCAUUUAUAAUGUGUCACCAGAGGUGAAAUUCUUGACCAUUUUAAGAUGACCUCUGGUUGUUGUUCCCAGAACUGAUUUUAGGAAAGCCUUGUAUACUAGUCUUCCUGUGUGCACUUAGUACAUAUCCAUUUGUCCUCAAAGUGUACAUUUAAAGUUGUUCAGCUAUUAACUUCUGAGAUACAAUGCAACACAAGUUAUUGGGCCAGUAUGAUUUUAGUUGACCAAUCAUACAAAGAGGAAGGAAUACUUGAGGAUGAAGUGAGAAAUUAUUCAUGUAUAAUGAUGUUGCUGAACUGUGUGUGAACAACGUAAGGGUUCGACAUGUGAACCGCCCUGAGAUUUACGGAUGAAAGGCGGUAUACAAUUUAAUAAAUAUUAAUAAUAAAAUAACACAUCCUUGUGCCUGUUUGAAGAACAAAGAGAAAGACAACAAAGCCAAUUUCUAAUUUAUUUUCCUCUUCCUUUCCAGGUGACCAUCUAUGCUGAAGACUGUAUGAUUCCGUUUUCACUGCCUAUUGGCGACUCUAACCAACCUUCAAAACUCUGGGAUGUUCCAUCUGUGAUACUUGCUAGUCAGAAUGGUCAGUAGCUAAACCAUUCCCAUAGCAUCAAAAAAUAAUAAUAAAAAUAAUAAUAAUUUUUUUUAGCGAAUCAGUUUCUUUGAAUGCCUCUACGUAUUUUUCUAUACAAUUAUCUCAGAUUAUUGUGAAUGCAGAAAAGAAACAGUGAAAGCUGCAAGAUCCAGUUUUCUCAGUAUUUAUUUCUUAGCUGGGGUAAAAUGUACCAAGACUUCUUGCAUAUUCACCAUAGUUCCAUAAUUUUAAAUCCUAUUUCAGAGGCCUUUUACUUAAAACCCAGUCCACUGCCAGCUAAUUCAAAUCUAUCACUUAACAAGAUUUGUCCUGGGCGAUGUUCAAACGAUCAAAAACCAAAAUCUUUCUGCUAAAAUCAUAUACAAAAUGUAGGGUUUCCGGGCAGAAAUCAGCAACAUUUCUGGGAAAAUCCGGACGUAUGGCCACCCAUGUUGGCAGUGUUGUUUUUGCUGAUUUUCCUGAAAAAACAUCAAUUUUCUUUUGCGAUUUGCCAAAAAAGCUGAACAACUUUGGCCAAAAAAAGCUCUGAAUUUUUGAAAUAUGGCAACCCUAACAAAAUGCCCACGCUAUUCUCCAAGCUCAUUAUCUCCUUGGCCAAUAUGUUGGUUAUUGAUUGCUUCCAUGAUGUACAUAAUAUUUAAAAAAUGUUUUUUCCCCCUCUCUCUUACUCAUAUUUAUUUCUCUGUUAUCAGGUGUCUGCAAAAUCGAUGGUCAAAAGAUCACAACCUUCACUGGACAAAACUUUGACAAAAGAUUGCCUCCAGAUUGUUUCAUGACUUUGUUACAAGACUGUACCUGUGACAAGAAGUUUAUGGUGCUGAUAAAAUAUGAAUCUAAUAAUGCAAACAACAUCCUACUCAAAUUAACCAUCGCUGGCAGGUAAGUACUCUUAACCACAGUAUCUUUGCACUAAUCCAAUCCAGUCACAGGGUGAAAGGAAAAAGUUUCAGCUUCCAAAAGAAAAAGAAGAAAGUGCAUGUUUAACGGUUUGUUGUAAAAUAUUUUAACCCUACUCUUCUUUCAAAAGAAACCAUAAUAGCUUGCAUCAAGAUAAAUCAACAUUAAAGCAAAAAACAAAAACAAAUACAUAAUACAUUGUUUUAUUUCAGCCAUGUAAAUAAAUCAUACUGGGCAUCUGAAAACAUUCAGUGUAGGGGUUGGGUGGGCCUUCAAAGGGAGAGCUUUUCACAAGACUGGUGUCAUUACUAACCCCACUCCUUAUGUGCUUCAGCUGGUGAUGGAAUCCAAAGCUGAAUCUCACAUGUUGACUUGAAGGUGCCAAGUGGCUAAUUUGGGCAGUAUUAACACUUCUGGAAUAUAUGCAGUCUGUUCAAGCCUUUUAUCUAUUGCUCCCUUGGUUCUCUAUGUUUUCCUCUUAACGCUGUAAACAAAAAAUUCUCUAGCUUCCCAGAUAAGCUUACUUGCUUUUCAAGAAUUAAAACAAUGACAAAUCACAGGACAGGACAGGGAGUGAUAUUCUAACUAAGAAUCAUAGCUAGCAGAAUGCAACUUUAGUUUUAAAUGAAUCUGGUGAGCUUAGAAUUGGGUUUGGGGUUUGGAUGAAAUUAAUAUCUGGAAAGAAAAAAACAUUAAAGGAUGCACAGUAGCAGAUUCAAUUAUUUUGUUCCUUUAAUAAUAGUACUUUGAUAAGAGAAAAAUAUAAUAUAAACUAUUUUAUUGGAAGUAAUUGAAACUCAUUGAGAGAGAAUUAAUUAAUUUCUUCUCCCCCCCCUUUUUUUAAACAAGUGAAAUUACCCUCAAGAAUCGCAAUGGAAAGAACAUAGUAGAAAUUGAUGGUUCUGCAAUACCAAUGGCACGUCUCCCAGUCAGACAUGAAGGUAUGUAAAUGUAUUUUUACAAAUUAAGUCAUCUGUUGUGUCAAGGUGGCAGGCAAAGAAAGAAAGAAAACACCAGUAUAAAACCAGCAUGAAAUAAAUACUGGAUGAGUGUUUAUUGUUCCUGCAAUUCAGGGCUAGGACGUUGUAUUUACACAGAUCAACAUGCACAAAAAACAGAAUAAUAAUGUAUACUCUCACUUUAAACUAUACUGAAAAAAAUAAUGGAGGCAUUGAUGAACAGGAAUUUUCAGUUGAACAGGAUCAGUAGUUUAAUCUGAAGAAUAUUUUAUUUUAUAUGUUUACCCAAUUCUCAAUGGAUUCAUCAAUUUGUCUUUUCUUUAACUUACAGAGUUUACCGUUAAAUCAGACCGUAAAGGUGACGAAAUUGUACUUUCUUCAUUGUUUGGGAUUCACGAGCUGAUCUACAGUGGACGUAAUGUUCAGGUAUUUUUCUUCUGCAGCUAAUGCUUUCAAGGUCAAGCAAAACAAAACCUGUGCUUGCCUAUCAGAUCAUCAAAGUACAUUGCCCUCUUCAGCUAAUAAUGAUAAUGCUCACAGUCUCAGACUCCGCUACUCUUCGAAUCAAUAAAACAUAACUGGGAUGUUCCCAGUGCCUUUCUGAUAAGCAGUGGCUGGAAGAACAGAUGUGUGAAGUUAUAAUCAUCAAUGCCAGUUUUAAGUCUCUCCAGUCUCCAAGAUAACUUUAAACUUUAAAGUGAAUUAUUUCCCUCUAGCUACUGAAUGUGUCACUAAUGCAGUUAUGGAAUUAACACAGAGAGGGUAGCGAAAUCCCCAUUAGGACCCUGUGUGGUGCUGGACUGAGGCACAUAGCUGUAAAGAUCUAGUAGACUUGGAAUUUGAAACAUGCUCCCCUUUCCUGUAUAUUAUAUUUUCACUGCUUGCUUUGGGAGAAUGAGCCAAAUUCUUAUUGUCAACUCAAUCCCAACUACUUCCCCCCUCUUUUUUCCUCUCUUCAUAAAGGUAACCGUUACUCCCACUAUCGGAUAUACCUGUGGUCUUUGUGAAGUAUAUGGCGGAAAUGCAGAAAAAUUACGAACACCAAGUGGCUACUCAGCUAAAGAUCCAGAGAGCUUUGCUCAGUCCUGGCUGGUCCCCGAUGAAUGUGGUGGAGGUAGGUAGAGUCUGAUAGUUUGUUGUAAUUAUGACUAAGGUAGCUAGGUCUGGGUUUGAAGGGAUCAUGCAGAAUUUAGCCCUUCCUCCAUCAGUAAGCUUUGGUCGACUUAACCUGGCUGCAGCAGUGGAGGGCAGCAACAGGCAGUUGCUGCCAUUUUAAUUUCCCAUAAUGCCCCAGAGCAAUGCCAGAUCCAAGACAAUGUGGAAAAUGUAAACGUGGCUAAAACCAGCUGCACAUCAUUGCUCAAAGCAAUAGGAUAACAACAACAGCAACAAUAAAUGAGGUAGGCAACUGUGGUGGGGUGUCCACAGCUGCCCAAGGUUGCCAGUCAGAUAGUCAUCGAAAAUGAAUAGAAACUUUCAACCUUUGAAUUAAAUUGCUCGAAUCCAUAUACCUGCUAAGUGACAAGCAUCAAGAUGGUGACUCUAUAAAUGUUGCUUUUCUUGUUGGGUUAUGAAGCCCAGUUCAUUGUUUUGUUGGACUUUAUCACUGUUAAAUAUGGAAUUAUGCUGUAGAACCUCUGGCUUUUUUAGUUUGUUUUUUUUAAAACCAAUGUCUUAAAAGGUUUGUACUUAAUCUGUUGCAGCCUGCAAACUGAAACACUCAACUAGGAGACUUGAGAAACCAAUCCGGAUUGGAGAAGAAGAUAUGCAAUGUAUUUCUACUCUGCCCGUGUUGAGCUGUAAGGACAAGUGCAGACCCACCACAACGACUCAGGUGUCUUCUAGCUUCCACUGUCUCUCAGCUGGUAAGUCCAUGUAACGUCUACUGGUUUGGACUACACACUAAAAUUACACUAGUCAUGCUUUAAUUUUGCAGAAUGGCAUUUUGCUACCUUUCUGCAUGUCCCCAGGGUUUAAAACAUCUUUCCUUUAGAGAAAGAAAGGAGCAGCAAGGAGCCUGAUUUUAUUGGAGUUCAGAAUGCUAUAACAGCAAGCCUAGGCUCAUAGUUUUUUGCUUCUAUGAAAGAUUAGGCUUUCGCUUGUAGCGUAUUUAAAGCACCUGAAACUCUCUGGCGUCAGUAAGCACUGUAAAUAAAUUUUCUUUUUCUACUUUCAUAGAUUGCCAGAUUGGUGUAUAACAUAUGCUUUUAUAUUAAUAAUUGGUUAAACACAGGCUUGCAUUAAUAAAAGUUUAUUCACUAUAGUCAUAAUAAUGAAAAUUGCUCAUCAACGGCAUCUCUAAGGAAGUUUACUCAGAUAUAAGUCCCACGGAGUAUGUCUAGCAUUGUAGCCUGUACUGGAAACAUGAUUUGACAUGAAUUUGCCCCAUAUGAAGCACAUUAGUGAGUGAAACUAUACAUGGGAGAUGCAGGGGAACAAUAAUGCUCUCUUCCCUCCCAAGAGUUCAUUGGCAGUGCCUUUUGAAAAUAGCAAUGCUAGAGCAAAGGUUUUUUCUUUUGAAAGUUGUGGCUGGGAGACUCCAGCUAAGCCUUCAGGUGUAGGUAUAAGAAGCACCAUUCAUUUUGCAAAAGUUUAAUCCUUUUCACGUUUUUUUACUUCUUUCCUUUUGUUUCUAGGGGCAACCUUGCCAACUGAUCUGGUUACCCUCGCUGCAAAAUCAGAAGACCUGGUUUCCUCUGUUGAAGCCCACGUAACAUGCAGUUGUGCUGAAGAACAAUGUGAAGCAUAA